GAAGCAGACAAGGUGCACAACUGUUGCACAGAGGUCUCCAGGCAGAAGAUCACCGUUCCUAUCAUCGGAGCCAGAAUACAGAAAAAGAAUCCUCCCUGUGUCAAGGCUGUCAUGUAAGAACCUCCCAUCCCUACUAGCACAGAACAUGGAACGUCACAAAUGAAAUGUUUAGGCCUACUUUGACCAUCUCCAUCCAGAUGAAUGAGUAAGGACGAGAUUAGGACAGUUGUCUAAAUGUUGUCAUCUUCGGUUCCACACAGCUUCGAGACUGAAGUUGGAGAGAUUUGCAGCCACUGGAAAGAGGCCUGGGUUCGACACACAUUCAUUCAGCUGGAGUAAGUCAUCAAUUCAUAUACAUUGUGUAAUACUCACUGUAGGCUAACUCAGUUAUACUCUCCAGUUACAUGGCUGGCUAGAGUAAGUGACCUGCACAAGGACCUGUAAAAGGGCCAGAGGAGAAGACAGAAUGUAAAAGACAGACAUGGUUGAAGUUGAAAUGCUAACGAUGCUGCUAUUUCUUCUAGAAUGGCCAGAAGGUCACUGAAUACCCAGAACACCACAAGCACCUCCCCGUAGAGGACAUUACUUCUUAUUCUUCUUGUUUAUCAAACAUCACCAACAUCGUCACUGGCUGAACUUGAGGGGUAGCAUUGUUUAAACCUGUAAUUUAAAUGAUCAACCUUUAAAUGAUGUUAUUUAUGCUAAUGAAGGUAUAAUUUAAUCCAUUUAAAUAUUGUGAGAAAAACGGGUGUAUUUAUUAUUUAUUUAUUGCCAGUUUAAGUAUUUAUUGGAUGUUUUAUGUGUGUAGGGGGCUAUGGAUGAAUUGCGGUUUGAUAUAUGCUUUUAACAUUCAAUUAAUUCCUGUGAUGUAUAUGUAUAUCAAACUGGUUUAAAAACAAAACAGCCUAUUUAAGCUCCAAUGGAGAAUUGUAGACGUAAGAAUUGAUGCCACAAAAUAUUUUGUACUAAAUAAACA